AUGGUUGGUCUUGCGAGGCUCGUAGUCGCCUUUCUGGCAGGUACUGCCUUAGGCCAGUACUUUCCGCCGACUCCGGAAGGCUUGACUGUGAUUCAUUCCAAGCAGGAGGAGGGCGUCAAGAUCUCCUAUAAAGAGCCUCAAAUCUGCGAAACCACUCCUGGUGUCAGAUCGUUCUCCGGCUAUGUUCAUCUGCCGCCUGGCACGCUAGAUGAUGAACAGGUUUCUCAGCAGUACCCGAUCAACACCUUCUUUUGGUUCUUCGAAUCACGCCAUAACCCGAAGAAUGCUCCCUUGUCCAUCUGGAUGAACGGAGGACCGGGCAGUUCGUCUAUGAUCGGAUUGCUACAGGAGAAUGGCCCAUGCAUUGUCAAUGCUGAUUCCAACUCAACGGAGACUAACCCGUGGUCCUGGAAUAAUUAUGUGAACAUGCUGUAUAUCGACCAGCCCAACCAAGUUGGAUUCAGUUAUGAUGUUCUGACCAACGGAACUUAUGACCAGAUCACAUCUGCCUGGAAUGUGUCCAAAUGGGCCGACGAGGUGCCUACACAGAACAACACCUUCUAUGUCGGGACUACUGCCAGCCAGGAGGCCAGCUCAGCGGCGAACACCACCGAAAAUGCCGCGCGGUCGCUAUGGCACUUUGCACAGACUUGGUUUACCGAGUUCCCUCACUACAAGCCACACGACGACCGCGUCAGCAUCUGGACCGAAUCAUACGGCGGGCGCUAUGGCCCCUCUUUCACGGCUUUCUUUCAGCAGCAGAACGAGAAGAUUGCCAAUGGUUCCCUCACUGCUGCGGCGGCGGCGCCACACUAUAUCCACCUAGACACGCUGGGGAUCAUCAAUGCUUGCAUUGACCUCCUUGUCCAGGCUCCGACAUAUCCUAAAAUGGCGUAUAACAACACCUACAAUCUUGAGACCAUCAACAAGACCGUUUACAACCGAGCCAUGGAUUCGUGGAGCCGAGCCGGAGGGUGCAAGGAUCUCAUCCAGAAUUGUCGCACCCUUGCAGCAGAAGGCGACCCACAGAUGGGGGCUUACGUGAAUUACGCGGGACGAGGCUACUAUGACAUUACACACACCGACCCCGAUCCGUUCCCACCCAACUAUUUCCUGGGGUAUCUCAGUCAGAACUGGGUCCAGGGGGCGCUUGGAGUUCCGGUUAACUUCACCCAGUCAAGUGACGGCGUCUACAACGGAUUUUCUGCCACUGGUGACUACCCACGUGCCGAUGUCCAUGGCUACCUCGAGGAUAUUGCCUAUGUACCAGACGCAGGCAUCAAGGUCGCACUCGUGUAUGGAGACCGCGACUAUGCGUGCAAUUGGAUCGGCGGUGAGGACGUAAGUCUGGCAGUGGAACAUGCCGCAGCGUCUGCCUUCCGCGCUGCAGGCUAUGCGCCCGUCCGUACCAACUCUACCUACGUUGGCGGCCAGGUUCGCCAGCACGGCAACUUCUCUUUUACACGUGUCUAUCAAGCUGGGCACGAAGUCCCCGCUUAUCAGCCUGACACCGCGUACGAGAUUUUUCAUCGCGCUCUCUUCAACCGCGAUAUCGCCACCGGCAAGGUUGACACUGCACGCAAUAGUUCGUACUCGACGCAGGGUCCGGCGUCCACGUGGCACAUUAAGAACCACGUGGGUGACAAUCCAGAGCCAGUGUGCUAUAUCUUGGCUUUGGAGGCGAGCUGCACCGACGAACAAAUUGCCCGGGUGCGCAACAACACAGCAAUCGUUAAAGAUUACAUCGUGGUAGGAUAA